UUGAAUAAUGUAAUGUGACAGAAAUUGGAUCGAAUGUAACUGUAAUAACUCAUACAUUUUGUUAUACAUUAUCAUUAUUCAAUACUCUCCAUCUUGGAUAAUGGAUGAUCAGGAGCAAUACCAUAGCCCUCCCACAAUAUAUUUGCCAUAGAGCUGAACAAUUCACACACCAAAAUAAAAAAUGGAACAGCUUGAAUUCAGCUUGAUAUCAUAGUAUGAAGCAUUCAGUCAUUCUUUGACUGCUCACAUAGUAGCGCAGCUUACAUCCCUUUCCCUAGAUGUACAUUAGUAAUGAAUGUGGUGAACAAUCAUUCCAAUAUGAUGUAUGGUAUUUCAUUAAUUUAUGUAAUGAGACAGAAAUUCAAUGAUCAAUUAUAACUAAUGCAUUCUGUUUUACAUGAUCAUUAUUCAUGACUCUCCAUCUUGGAUAAUGGAUGAUCUGAAGACCGUUCAGUGUAUUUACAACAUGAGACCCAGGAGAACAAGCUGAAGAGGGAGGCAUCAGCUGUUGAGCUUGAGUUGAAAAUGGAAAAAGAAUUAAAAGAGAUAUUAAGAGAUGAGAUGAUGAAACAACUAGAGGAGAAAGACACACAACUGGAUGAUAUGACCCAGGAAGUGAGAGAGAAAGAGAGACUACUAGAGGAGAAGAACCAGACAAUGGGACAGAGGGAUAAACUAUUAGAAGAGAAAGAAAACCAACUGGAACAAAAAGAGAAGCAACUAAAGGAUAGAGACAUUCAACUAGAGACACUGAGAAAGAACCUGCAGGACAAGAACAGCCAAGUAGAGAACUUCAGAGUCCUACUGCAGGAAAAAUACCUUCAACUAGAGGACAGGAACCACAGACUGGAAGAGAAGGACAGACUACUGGAAGAGAGUGAAAAUGAACUAAAAGAGAGGAGGCAGGAACUAGAAGAGAAAUAUAAACUACUAGAGGAGAGCAAGAAGCAGUUAAAGGAAAGAGACAAACAAGUGGAGGAUGUCAACAAUGAAAAUGCUGAACUGGCUCAACAGAUAUGUGAUGUGAAGACUGAGGUAGAGAGACUGAGAAGAGAGACCUCAGCACUGAUGACUGAACAUGGAGACACCUCAUAUACAGGUUCCAUAAUACCAGUCAGGAGGAGACAGAGCAUGAAUUAUCCUCCACUCAUGGGAGGAGAGACCUCAGGUACAGACCCCACACUUCCACUGAUGAGGACAAACAGCAUGAGUUCAUUCCUCCAGAUAUGCUGUGUUGUGUUGUGUUGCAGUGGGAAGAGAGAGCAGCAGUCCAGACUCCCCCAGUGUCUCCCCAGUGUGUCUGAGCUGAGACUGGUGCUGCUGGGGAGGACUGGGGCUGGGAGGAGUGCAGCAGGAAACACCAUCCUUGGCAGAGAGGAGUUUGGGGCCCAGGCCAGCCCUCUGCAGUGA